CAGUCCCAGAAGCAGUGCAAGAAAUCCUCCUUCGCCUUCUACCAGGCGGUGAGGGACCUGCUGCCUGUCUGGUUCCUGGAGGACAUGCGGACCAUGGAGGUGUUCCACUGGGAGGACGGAGGCAAGGUGAGCCUGUACUCGCCCUCAGAGGCCCUGCUCUACGCGCUGGUGCACGACCACCAGCCCUAUGCCCGGCACCUGCUGACUAAGUUCCCCCAGAGCGCCCUGGCCGUUCCCAGCCAAAGCUUCAGCUGCUGCCAGUCCUCGGCCCCGCACCUGGCCAUGGCCGUCCGCUACAACCGGGUCCGGGUACUCAAGGCCAUCCAAGCCUUCCCGCCGAGCGACAGAGCCAGCCACCUGGACCGCCAGGGCUGCAGCCGCGUGGAGGGUGGCAAGACAGCCUUGCACGUGGCCUGUGAACUGGUGCGACCCGAGUGCUUGCUCCUGCUGUUAGGGCACGGCGCGUCGCCCUGCUUGCAGGACAGUGCUGGGAAUACCCCCCUUGACACCUUGCUGCAGCAGAUUUCCCACGUGCCGGCAGCUAACAUGCGUGCCAAGCUCCUCUGCCUCGACUGCCUCUUCUUCUUCGUGCCUCAGGACCUCCAGUUCACAAUGAAACAGCAACUGUUGGACAACCGGCAGCGGUGGCAGGACCUCCUGGGGGAGAGCAGGCUCCAGUGCCUGCUGGGCUUAGCUCCCCCAUCACUGUUUGUUGGAGCCAUGCGUGUCUUGAUCAGGACCAUUUCACCUGAGCAUUUCCCAGAGGCUCUGGACAAUCUGCCUCUGCCUCAUUUUCUAAAGCCUUUGGACUUGAAACUGGAGAGCUAGA